AUGUGGCGCGGUGGCAGCAAUGCAGCACCACCCAGAUCCGCCUCAGUGGGGGGCCUAGGAGGUGAUGGCGGUGGCAGCAGUGGGCGCAACAGCCAGCCUGACAGCGCCGCUCCAGCAGCCACCAGCGCCAGUCCCAAGUGGCCCCUGCGCUCGCUCCUCUUUUCAGGCAGUCGCAGCGGCAGGGUCUCUGGCGCGGAUUCGGCGCGCCAAUACCAGCUUCACAAGAAGAACGACACCGCCGACAAUGAUGGUGACAGAGCUGCAGCGCCUGCCCCGCAGCUCAGCAGCAGUAGCCUCACCAUCGAUAACGGUCUGGAAACCCAAGAGCAUGGGCAGCAACAACAUUUGCAUGCGCUGAUGGUGGACCAGAGCACCCGCCUGGCGCACAUGCCUGGCGUAACGCAGGUCCGUCAGCGCCACGGAGUAUUUGCGGGACUGGGUGAUCCCCGCGUUGGCGAUGCCUCACCGCUUGCCCGCAGUGUGCGUGCGGACGUUGAGGACUGGGGUAACGGCGACGACUGGGGAAGUCUGGCGAACGCGCUCGAGCAGCAGACCCUCCCAGAACUUUCAGCAGCCAAUCGUCCCUCAGCGCCGGGGACGGCGCACGCCGUCGACAGCGAUGACGUCUUUGUCUCCGAUGUCGCCUUAGCACACCCUCGGCAUCCUCGCGCAUCACAGACGGCGGCUCAAGAGCUCACCUACACGCCUAGGCAAGUUUUUCCAUCCACAAGCGUACCCUCGCAGCCGGUCACUGCUUCUGCUUCGGCCACUGCCGCCCUUGUAACCGCUACACAAACCCCCAACGUCACGAGCGGUCGGCUCCUUGCACCGUCACCGCACAGGGGGGUUUCUCAGACCAGCUCGCUGGCGGCGUACACGCCCGCGCCGCCCGGCUUUCAGAGCGGUAUUCGAGGCCUUCGCAGCGCACACGACAUGUCGAGCGGCGGAAGCGAAGCGAAGGGAACGGGCGCGGAUAUCACGAGGCGGCGGCGAAGAGGCCUCGGCGCCGUUGCCGUCCUCCCGCCGACUUCACUGCCCACGGUUCCGAGCGCCUGCGCACACACGGCCGGCAACGAUGAACCUUUGACCACUGCACUCACAGUCCAGGAGGCGGAGCGCCAGCGUCUCGCUAAGGCAGCAGAAGCUGCUGCACAGCGGCAAAGUUGGGUGCGCGCAGCUCAAGAGGUUUUGGAGCAGAUCGCCGACGCGUGCGAAGCUGAUGUACCCACGCCUGCAGAAGCGAACUGCAACGUUGUGUACCCCGGGGCCAGAGUCACAGAGCCCAUUCGUGUGGCACGACGGCUUCUGGAUAAGGCGAGGAGUAGCGAGGGCUCCAGUGCGAACUCUCUCGAAGCCGACGGCGAUGCUGUGAGGAAUUACGGCACGGUAGUGCGCAUGCUGGCUGCGCACACGCAAACGGCCGUGGCGUGGGAAGGUGGAGAGUGCGAAGUAGAUCACCAUCGAAUGCAGGGGGCUCGGCAGCUAGUCCUGGAGACGUGGCAGAACAUCUCCGUGGCGCUUCCCGGCAUCUGGCGCCGGGCGUGGGCGUCGGCAGUGGCGACGUUGUCCGAGGAUACGCAACUGCCAGGCGUGCGUAGUCUUGCAACAAUGAUGGGGCAAGAGCGCCUAACACUUGCCCGACAGACGGCUGUCGCACUCGGCACCCUCCUUAUGCAAAGCUCGUCACGGAGCGACCGGCCCCUCGGUGUUAACGAAGUGCACGCUGGCGUCGUAGCUGGUCUGGAAGCCGCUCUGAAAUCGUCGGCGGCGCCGGCCACCGCUUCUGCUGCCUCUACUGCCCCGACCGUGUCAGAGAUGCCGCCAUGGGCAACGGAAAUUGUGGCGGCGACGGCGGAGGCGAUGGUACGUCGUGACGAGGUGAUCAAGCAGCACGUCGUUGAUGUUGUGAGCACCGCCGCUGCGGCAGAUGACUGUGGGAGCGCCGACAGGGCCAUGCGCAGAGCGCGGGUGCAGCUGCGGGAAGGUUCAUGGACACUCUGGUACGUGCUGAGAGUUUUGGGUCUGCUGGCGUGGUGGGAAGGGAUGCUGCCCCACCUCAUCCCUUGUCCUCCACCCUCAACACAGGCGCACACCGAGGGGCGCACGACAGAUGCGUGGUCGUAG